CGCAUUAAUAUAACGAGUGCUUGGCCCAAAACACUACGUGCUAAUUUAUACGUACACGGAAACUGAGUUUGUUCUUCACGGUGACGGUACUAUACACUGGAUGGGAAAAUGGAGUCUUCGAGUGGAGGACAAGGUGUUCCUAAAAUCAUGGUCUUUCGACCAACGAUGGAUGAAUUCAAAAACUUUUCAAAAUAUAUUGAAUACAUAGAAUCACAGGGUGCACACAAGGCUGGUUUAGCCAAGAUUAUACCACCCCGAGAAUGGGUUCCAAGGAAAAGGGGCUAUGAUGAUAUUGACAUUGUAAUACCUGCUCCAAUCAGUCAAAUGGUAACUGGAUGCCAGGGUCUGUACACACAGUACAAUAUUCAGAAGAAGUCGCUGCAUGUAAAAGAAUUUGAAAAAAUGGCAAAUAGUGACAGAUAUAAAACUCCAAGCCAUUUUGACUAUGAUGAACUUGAGCGGAAGUACUGGAAAAAUGUAUCGUUUGGCUCCCCUAUAUAUGGUGCUGAUGUUUCUGGCUCCCUGUAUGAUGAAGAACAGAAUAUAUGGAACAUUAACAGACUUGGAACAAUACUGGACUAUGUUGAAGGAGAUUAUGGCAUUCACAUUGAGGGAGUCAACACUGCAUACUUGUAUUUUGGUAUGUGGAAGACAACAUUUGCAUGGCACACGGAAGAUAUGGAUCUGUACAGUAUAAAUUAUGUUCAUUUUGGAGCCCCUAAGUCAUGGUAUGCUAUACCACCAGAACAUGGCCGUCGACUUGAGAGACUUGCUCAAGGUUUUUUCCCUGGGAGUUUUCAAGCAUGUCCAGCAUUUUUGCGUCACAAGAUGACCUUGAUUUCACCACAUAUUCUAAAACGAUACUCUAUUCCAUAUCAAAAGAUUACUCAAGAGGCUGGUGAAUUCAUGAUCACAUUUCCAUAUGGCUAUCAUUCUGGCUAUAAUCAUGGUUUCAACUGUGCUGAAUCAACUAACUUUGCAACUGAAAGGUGGAUAGAGUAUGGAAAAAGGUGUCUGCAGUGUGUAUGUAGCAAAGAUGGGGUGAAAAUCAGUAUGGAUUGCUUUGUGAAACGCUUUCAGCCGGAGUUGUAUGAACUGUGGAAGGCCGGAAAAGAUAUCGCUGUUCACCCCGAAGAGGACCAUAGCAAGAAAGGUGUUUUGAGCCAGCCUAUAGAUGCUGUGAAGAAAAUAGAAGCAAACAGCUCAGGAAGGGUGUCCACCAAACGUCAUCCAAUAUCUAGUCUGUCUGAUAUUGAACAGUCGCGCAAGAGGGGGAAAGGAGCAUCAAUAUUUAAAGAUGCUGAAACUUCUAGUAUUUUGCCAGAAGAGGAGUCGGAAGUUCAAGAGACAGACAAGAAAAUCAAGGUAAAAAAAGAAAAAAGAGAGCUUACUGAAGAAGAAAAAGAAAUGCGUAAGCAACGUCGUAAAAAGAAAGAGGAGGACAAGAAAAGAAACUUGGAAAAUGCAUCCAAGUUGGAUUCCAAGUUUGAUGAAAAGAUGUCACCAACAGACAGUCCCAAAUUGUCCCCUAAUAAUAAAUAUCCAAAACGACCAUCUGAAAGUGAAGAGGCACUUUUGGCCAAGAGAAAAAUUGAAUUCUACCUUAAAGAUUCAAAGUGUGAUGACAAAGAAUCCAAAGUCACUGAACCAAAGACAAAUACAUCAUUUCAAGCUGCUUUUGAAAAGCUCAUUUCCCAAUCUGUAAGAAAAGAGGAAAUUACUACAAAUAAAACUGCAAACAGUCAGUUUGAUGAUUCUUCCGAGAUUGGACAGCUUACUGAGGAAGAACCACCAGAGAAGAAACAGAAGACUGAAAUAACUGAAAUGAAAGUCAUUCCUCUUGAUAAAGUCAAACUAACAUCUACCAAGUCAACAAUAAUGAUAAAUAGUUGUGGUGUUACACUUGCAAAUUCAGGUGUCAUGUCUGGGCAUUCUCAAGUGAAAGGAAGUCAAAAACAUGUUCAUGAGAAACAAAUCUUAGCAUACCAUUUUCAAAACCAAGGGGCAGCACAAAAUAACAAAUGUAGCCUACUGAAUGCAAACACUUCAAAUUUGUCAAGGCCUGAACUGAUGCAGAUGUUAAACUCACAGCAGAAAAAAGCAACUGUUGGCUCUAAUCAGAAUUCCCAAUUUUUAACAUAUGAUGAGCGGUUUGGAAUUGAACAGAAUACAAGCAAGGUAGCUGGAUUUAAUGGUGAAAAUCAAACAUCUGCAUCUGGGAUUUUGAAACCAAUAGCUGCAAUCUAUCAGAAAUCAAGGGAAAAGCGUUUACUGGCACAAGAUCACAUUCAUGCUUCGAAAGUUAUUCCCUUAGCUCACAUUUCACAGAUUGUUGGUGACAGAGGUGCUUCAAAUAACAACAAUAUUUUGGAAUCUAAUAAUUUUUCAUCAAAAGGGAAUACAUUUUCAACCAAUUCCAGUUCAAUGGUAUCAACAGGUUCUUUGUAUGGUGUUUCUAGUACUACUGCUUCCAUAGUACGUGCUGUUUCAAGCAUUUUGCAGAGACAUCCCAUGACAAAUCUUCCUUGCAAGACAUCAUAUCAGAAUAGGUCAGUGCAGCAACCACGACAAUCAAAACAAAACCCAACUCAAAUGGACUUGCUGGAAAAAGCCAAGUGUAUCCAGUCGAAUACUAGUAUGGAAGGAAUGCUGAUUAAAGAACACUCAUAUCCUCUGAUGCAGGCUUUGGUGAAUGCUGCCAACAGCCAAGCAAUACAAAGUUCCAGUAGACAAGGGCAAACAGUAGGAUGUGUGAAAAGUACUUCAGUUCCUGCAGGCCAUUCAUCGUCAGUAUCGAUACCCUGCCCCCUGUUGCAUGCAGCGGUAUCUGCAAAUUUGUUGCAAGUUAAUAAACCAUCUGUAACAUCUGCACAAAAUCUUAAGUUACCUAGUACAGGUUGCCAGAUGGAUAAUCAUGUAUCUAUGCAGUCUUGUGUAAAAAAUGGGCAAUAUGGAUCAGAAGUACAUACUACAUUGCAGAGUCCUAACACUGUUGGCACGCCGGUUCAAACCAAUAAACCUCCAACAUUACUUAUUCCUUCCAAAAUAAACGGUCAAAGAACAGUUAAUAUAUCCAAUGUCAUGACAUCUGUGCAGUCCCAGUUCAUUAUCCAAAGUGGGACACAAUUCAGCCCGUACAACAUUCAGCCUGCCUGGCAAGAUCAAAACGUUGUGUGUGCUCCAGUCUCUGUUAACAAAGUAAACAAUAAUGCAACAAUUAAGCAUCUCACUAGUCCUGUCAGAAUGGUCCUCCCAGGUAAUGCAACUGUGUUGACUAGAGCUGGUUGUCCAUCACAAGUUUUACCUGUUCGUGUGGGUUUCAACUCUAACCUGACUUUGAAAUGUCCAACCAGGACAGCAGAAAAGCAUGUUCAUCUUUUAAGCAGACAGGAUGCCAAUAAUGCCCCAGAAUCCUUUCUAGCUUGUGCAGAUCCAGUUCUACCAAAUGAAGACAAUGUGUCCUCACUAGUGACAUCUUUGAUGAUUGAACAAAGCACAGUUUUACAGUCGAAGUCCAAUAAUAGUGUGGGGCCUAACACGUUGUUGCUGCCUACUUCUGUUAGAUCACAACUUGUACCUCAGCCAGACACCCAGGUAUCUUAUACAAGUCCUUCAAGUAACAUUGUAACUUUACAGCAACCCCAAACAUGCACUUUUUCAAGUGGCGGCAGCCAUUCAGACCAUACCUUUUCACCAUCCAGUACCAUCUACAGUGCUGGGAGUACAUCAUCUCAAAAUCCAGUGAAUAGCUCCUGCAAAUUGGUGAGUCCGAUUUCUACUGGUUUGUCAGCAAAUUACACAAAUAUACUGACCAUUAAUGGAUGCCAUGACCAUAUGUAUGUGUGUCAAUCGAAAAAUGGUGCUAAUGCUGGUAACUUGUUACUGGACAGAGCCAGAUCUGGUGGUGAUGACUUUCAUGUUGGUAACCUGAUGGACAGUCGGGGUGGUGGUAUUGUGCAAUCACCAAUUUCAGGUAACAAGGAUACUAUUUCCCUUACUACUGCUAAGGAAGAAUCAUCAUCAUCAUCAUUAUCAUCAACGUCGUCGUCGUCUUCAUCAUCAUCAUCAACAUCAUCAUCGGAAAACAUAUUGCAAACUCUUGCUCAUGAUAAUAAACUGAAAUCCAAAAAAGACACUGUGUAUCAACAAAAGAAAAACUGUUCUUCCAAGGACCUGACAGAUGAUGUGAAAGAAUCACAUGCAGAGGUAAUUGUCAAGUCCAAAGUGUUUGUGCAUCCUGAACCGUGGGCCAAGCAUCUGACACCCAUGUGGCAGGAGCAGCCACAUAACUUUGACACAGAAGUCAAUUUCAACGAGUUUAUGUCUCAUCAACCACCACAUUGCGCCAUUUGUAGUCUUUUUAAACCAAAUGAGGAAAUGGGAGAUAUUGACUUCAGAAAGCCAUGCUCUUCCUUUCAAAAUUCGGUACCAGAACGGUCAUUACCCAUGAUUCCAGAAAUUUGUUUUGCUGCAAGUAGUGUGAACCCAAGUCCAUUUGUAGACUCACCUGUUCUUGAUGCCAGCGGUUGUAGUCCACUUUUAGUCUGUGCUAAAUGCAAAGUCUGUGUUCAUGCCAGUUGCUAUGGUGUAUUUGAUGUUGCUGAGGAUAAAGAGUGGAAAUGUACUCGAUGCGCUAAUCAUAUUACGCAAGCUGAUUGUGCGUUGUGCUUUUUACGUGGUGGAGCCUUAAAGCCUACAACAGAUGGCCGCUGGGUACAUAUCAUUUGUGCUCUGGCUAUAACAGAAGUUCACUUUCAGGAUGUGAAAAACAGAGAACCUGUCAACAUUGGCAGAAUGACAGAGGCUAGAUUAAAAUUAAGAUGCAUUCAUUGCUUCUCCCUCACUAAGACGUGGAGUGCUGAUGCAGCGUGUACCCAGUGUUCACUUGGCAGAUGUACUCAGGCAUUCCACGUAACAUGUGCCCAUGCUGCAGGCGUGCUGUUCGAGACCAGUGACUGGCCCUAUCCUGUAUAUAUUACAUGUCAAAAACACAUGGCAGCUUUAAAGGAAAAGACUAAACCAAGACAUGUAGUGGACAUCCACGAACAUGACCAUGUCCUGGCCAAACACAAAAAUGGAAGAUAUUAUCAGGCAGAAGUCACUGCAAUUGAUCGAAAGACAUACUAUGAAGUCGAUUUUGACGAUGGAUCCUUCAGUGAUAACCUCUUUCCAGAAGAUAUUGUAAGUCACGACUGUUUGCAGAAUGGUCCACCAGAAGAAAAUGAACGUGUACAGAUUAAAUGGACUGAUGAUGAAGUGUAUGGAGCAAUAUUUCAAAGAGUCAAUAAUCAAGAUAUUUUCUCAGUUGAAUUUGAAGAUGGCUUCCAGAAAACAUUUAAACGGGAUGACUUGUGGGCUGAGGGAGAGGAGUUGCCAAAACACAUACAAUCCAAGCUGUCGAAGGCAACUGAACGAAAGUAUGACAACUUCUAUUCACAGAAUGCAGUUCUUUGUGAUAAAAGACGCCCAAAGCAAAAAGUGUCUUACUUGGCAAUGCUAGGAUAAGGAGGAAUCUGUUAAAGAUGAUACACCGACUAGUGACUUUCCUGGUUUAAUUUUUUUCCAAAAGACUAAAAGAUCAGUGUGUUCAUUACUGAAAGACAUUCAGAAGACUUGUAGAUGCAUUUCACAAAAGAGUUUUGUGAAAUUUGUUUCUGUUGUGUGCCUGUUUUGGUGAAUUUAGUUUUGUAUUGUUAGUUCACAUUUCUGCAUUACAUUCAGUUGUUCGUUCAUUCAUUUUUGUAAAUAGUCAUCGAUUGUUAUUUUCCAUUCUGAAUAAUGUAUUCAUUGACCUUAACCUUCUGACUACUGUAGGCGAGAUAUCUCGCCCAACGUCAUGCCAGUCGACAUACUGUACACUGUAUACAGUGCAUUCUCCAAUUCAUAUUUCCCACCGUUUUGAACAUUGCACUCGCUAAAAACUGAUGUAUAAUACAGAAAAUGGAUUUCUUGUCAAAAUGCUGGCUUUUGUUUGUUGUUUUUCAAUGGAAAAUACCUUGGAAUUUCGAGUUUAAAAAGUGGUAUUCGGCAAGUAUUUUCUCUUGACAACAAUGGCGGCAUGUCGCGGUCAUUUUUAGGAAUCAAUAGUUGAUUGUGAUAGCUAAUUUGAUAAUAAAUUUGAUCAUUUUACCAACAACGAAAAUCCCCAAAUAUUGGGAUAUGAAUCGUAGUUCGUUUUUUAAAAACAAUUCUGGUCAGAAAACCACUGUUAUUGGGAAUAAUGGUCAUAAAUACUGGACAGCUGGCCACAAAUGCCCGUAAGUAAACGUAACUUUUUCAAUUUUUUGCCUGUUUUAAUCAGCAUCAACUGAUCAAAAAUUAGCAAAACCAACAGAAAUAAUACUUCACGAUUCACAUAUGAACUUUAUUUUAUGUAUUUAUAAAACAUUUAAGUUGAGUAAAAAUUAUAAACUUGUACCCACUCAACAUGGAUUUUGUCAAAAUAUUAAUCCAGUAGUCUAAAGGUUAAGAUAUUGAACUCUGUUUUUCAUGAUUUGUCAUCGAAUUUCUUUCAGAUUAUUUACUAAUUGUAUGUAUUGCAAAUUUCAGAUUAUGAAAAUGUGAGACAUUGUUAUUGUGUUAUUAACUUGUUAUCAUUUCCUGACACUACAUUUUUAUACAUAUAUAUAUUGUGUAUAUCUUUUUUAACUUAAGAAUGUUAAUAACUACUGUAUGUUUCAUUAACACAUUGUAAAUAAGCAUUCAUGAGUGAAGGAACAUGUAAGUAUAUGCUGUGCAAAUACUUUAAUGAAAAGUCAUGUGUUUAGGGUGUUGAUCAGUACUACCUUUUCCUUUCCUUUUCAAUAAUGUUAACCUGUUUGUCUCACAGAAAUGUGUAUACAGUCAUAUAUUUAUGACAUUAUGUAGCACUGUUCUAGCACCAAUUUUUUUUUUUUUUUUAAAUAUUGGUAAUUGGCACCAACAAAAUUAUUGCAUAAUCUCAACUUACAAUUUCCAAAUAUAGAAUAUAUAUCCUGAACCAAAAAAGAAACUUCCGAUGAGGUUAAAAACAAAAACAAAAUAUGUUUAUGUUUAUAUUGAAAGAGUGUUCUAUGGUAUAUUUGUUUGGAAAAGAAAUAUAGCCAUGAUUUUAUGAUAGAAGGAAGGAUAUAUUGAUAAAAUGUGGUAGAGAUUGUAAAAUAAAUUACACAUUAAUAUUGGGUGUGGCCACCUUGUGAAUUGAUGACUGCAUUGCAUCACCUCUGCAUGGAACUGACAAGUGUGUUAAUUUCUGCCUCUUGAAUAUUGUUUCAUUCCUCAAUUAAUGCUUGUCCAAGUUCAUUGAUGUUUGAUGGCGGGUUGGGUCAACACCUUACACGUCUUGUCUAGACUAUCCCAGACGACAUUAGUCAUUUGGUCUGAUCAAAUUGUGUCUGAAGAUUUCAAAUAGCUCUCAAACUCUUCUGUCAACACAUCAGCAAACAUGACAAUAGCAUGUUCACAUAAAUUUCUUUAUAUUCUAGGCAUUUCAAAAUUUUUAUAAAUUUCAAUAAAUUACCAAAUUUUGCAAGGUUGAAUAACUGAUUAAAAAAAACAUCAAUUCAAAACAUGCUUGUAUGUGCAAAUCAACUUUCAUGUUGUCGUUUUGUUCACUACACACACGUGAGUAAAAUCAAUAAAUUCCGACAUUCACAAUGACAGGAGAACAUUUGUAAUUCAUUUUCAAUGUUAACUGAUUUCUCAACAACAACAAAAAAUGUCUUGAAAAUCAGAAGUUGUUUUUUUUGCUUUGUAACUUAACUUAUAUCUAGACAGAACUACAUACCAGUUGUUUUAUUAUGUUAUGUAUUGCAAAAAUUUAUAGUGCGCUAGAAUAUUAUAAAAUAAGACCACGUAGCGGUUGAGUUGUAUAAAUCUUGCAUAUUAUAAACAAAUGCAAUAAAUGAUAUGGCAAAACAACUGCUAUGUGAUUCUAUAUUUAUUACAUGCCACCUUUCUAUAUUAUGAUUUACAAAAGUAAUAAAAUAAUGCAACUUA